AUCCAAUUCAGCGUUUUUCGUUGACUGAAACUGGGUGCAGUCUGCUUCCACGAACACGAUGGAUACAGACAUGGAAUGGCGAUUAUACAAAGCAUGCGAGCUUCGCUGCAAAUUAUAUUACCAUCCAGUACCAAAUAAUCUUUUUUUUUUUUUUCUCUAUCAAAUGGAUCCUGCAGCUGCUUCACCCAUUGAUUAUCUUCUAAUGGAUUCAGCUUUAUACGAAGCAGUGGUGGAAGGAAACGAAGAUGAUGUAGAUGAAUCUCUUUGGUACAAGAUGGAACAACAUGGCGGCCGCCAGGUGACGCCAAAGGGUAACACUGUCCUUCAUAUCGCGGCUCUAUAUGGUCACUUGCAUUUCGUGCAAAAGAUUCUGGAAAAGCACAGUUCUUUGUUAUGUGUUCCCAACAAGGAAAAUGAAACUGCGCUUCACAUUGCUGCAAGGGAAGGCCACAGUGGCGUCGUCUCUACGCUCAUCAACUGUGCCAAAGCGCGCCCAGAACUCGAAUCUGGGAUAGGAGCAAGAGAUAUGGUGAGGAUGAUGGAUGGCGAUAAAGACACAGCUUUGCACAAGGCGGUGAGGAAAGGGCAUUUGGAAGUUGUUAAAUUGCUGGUGAAAGAGGAUCCGGAAUUUGAGUUUGGUGCCAAUGUGGCAGGGGAAACCCCACUUUACCUAGCCGCAGAGCUGCAAUUUCAUGAGUGUUUGGUCGAAAUCUUGAACAAUUCCCAUAGACCUGUUUUCGAUGGACCUCUUGGCCGAACUGCGCUUCAUGCAGCAAUAAUUCAUAGGGGGAGCCCAAAAGAUUCCACAAAGUUAUUGUUGGAAAAAGAAGCAUCUUUGUGUGAGGUGGGUGACGAUUGGGGUUGGACGCCAUUGCACUACGCUGUAAGGCUACAUAAUGAGAAAGCUCUUUAUGAGAUUCUGCAAGUAAAAAGCAGUGCAGCAUACAUCCCAGCAGGAGGCAAAGAAGGUGAGUGGACAACUGCAGUUCAUAUAGCAGUAAGUGAAAACUCUGUGGUAUUGUUCAAACAAAUAUUACAGUGUUGCCCACUCUGUUGGGAGAUGGUUGAUAGCAAAGGUCGAAAUGCCCUUCAUGAAGCAAUUUUGAACAAUAGCACAGACAUGAUCAACUUUAUCUUAAAUUCUCCAAAAAGGGAUCACCUUGUUGAUGAGAAAGACGAGGAUGGCAACACUCCUCUACAUCUGCUGGCUGCUUCCAACAUCUGUGUGCCGCCAGAACUGAUCCAACAUCCUAGGUUAAGUGGCGGCAUGGUUUUUAACAAACAACACUUGACUCCAUUGGACAUUGCAUCUCAGCUGGGAUCUGGUUCAGUUGGCAAGCGUGGUGACCUAACAAUGAAAACAAAGAGGAACGACGAAACCAGGAUGGAAAUGGAAAUGAGAGAUCCUAAGGAAAGGUCUGUUAGUAGUGCGGGGAAGAUGGCUAAGGCACACAUUGUAGUGGUGGCUCUAAUAGUCACAGUGACCUUUGCAGCCGGGAUGACAGUGCCAGGAGGAUACAAUGACAAUCAGGGUGAGAGGCAAGGGAUGCCAAUUCUAUUAAGAAAAUCAGCUUUCAAAGCAUUUGUUGUUACUAAUGCUAUUGGCUUUGUGUGCUCCGUAUCUUCACUGAUUGGAUACAUCACGUUGGUUGAAGAAAUUUCGAGUUUUGGGAGACCAAAAGUUGUACACAAGCUUGUUUCCUACUCGAUUCUUUUGCUUGAUUUAUCCUUGACAGCACUGAUACUUGCAUUCAUAACGGGGAUGUUUGCAGUUUUAACAGUACAUUCAUCUGCUGUUGCAGUGGGAGUAUGCAUUGGCGUCUGCAUAUGUAUCAUUGGCAUCAUCAGUUUCCUCCUCUUCUCUGGGUACAAUGAACACUGGUGGAUUGUAAGAAAAUAUGAAGAAAUUAUUCAACUUUUCAACAAACUUGGGUAGCUUUAGAGAUUGGUAUGUAUAAAGCGGCAGUGAAAGGAAACACUGAAGAUUGGGUUAUUGUUCAGCAAAAGGCAUCUGAGUUUAAGAGCAAUGU